UCAGCUGACGCCUAACGGGACUAUGACGCACAAUAUGCGGUCUAGGUAGGCAGCUCACUGGUGUUUGAGACACGGCCAAUGUGGCACGAGCAUAUGAACGCGUAAUCCACGCAAUGAUCUUGAGUGAGUGUUCAAGAGACCUUUAAAAUUCUGCAUCUCUGGACGGAAAGGACUGAAUAAACCGCUGCUUUAAAAUCUAAGAUCUGUGUAACUGGAGGAACAAAGACGGGAGUUUUAUAGUUGUCCUCAGUCAUGCAGAAGGCAGGGACGGCCCCGUCUUCCCGGGGUCCAAGUGCUCCUGGAUCCCCAGCCACCUCUAUUGUGGCACGGAUGGACAAUCAGGUCAUUGGAUAUAAGGACUUGGCAGCCAUUCCCAAAGACAAAGCCAUACUUGAGGUAGAACGGCCAGAUCUGAUGGUGUACGAGCCGCAUUUUAAUAUCUCAGCCCUGGAUCGGACGGGUCUCUCCAGAAGCAGAGAGAGAUCAAUGUCACCUCACUCCAUCUCGCCGCCUCCUUCCCCUGAGAUAUUUGCCUCAAAAGAGUGGCCAGAGCAGGGGUCUCCAGGAGGGUCCAACAUGGGCUCCACGGUGCACCUCCGCAAAAUCAGCCCUGCCUCCAAAGGCCCCAUGCAGCACUUCCACAGGCCAGACAGUGGCAUCAACAUCUAUAAGAAACCACCAAAUUACAAACACGAAAGAGAGACUGGAAUGUCUCAUAAUAAACAGGAUGUCAUCAUUGAGUCCUCCAAGUUCCCAGCAGCCCAACCACCUGAUCCCAACCAGCCUUCAAAGAUAGAGACCGAGUACUGGCCCUGUCCACCCUCUCUAGCUACUAUGGAGAUCGAGUGGAGAAAGAAAGCAGCCGAGCAGGGAAAACCAAUGGAAGAGGACGAUGAGUUUGAGGACCUGACUGAAGAUGCAAAGAGACUCCAGGAACAGGAACUCCAGAAGAUACAGUCCAACUUGGGAAAAUUGAUCCUGAAGGAGGAAAUAGAGAAUUCAGGGCUCAUCCGCAGAAAAACACGUUCCUUGCCAGAUGGGACAAACAUACAUUUGGGAUCAUCAGCCAGUGCUACUAAAUCCGCUUCUUUACCUCCUUGCAGUCGAACAGGCCUCACAAGGCUGCAAUCUGCAGACUUUACCUCCACAGACAAUGGAAAAGUAAAAACAGGUGUACAGAAUGGCGAUUCACAGAGUGGGAGAAUGGACAGAGGAAACUCUCUUCCUAGUAUUCUGGAACAGAAGAUAUAUCCAUAUGAAAUGCUGGUUGUGACCCACAGAGGGCGCAGUAAGCUUCCUCCAGGUGUUGACAGAACCAGAUUAGAGAGGCAUCUGUCUCCAGAAGACUUCCAGAGCUUAUUUGGAAUGCCCAUCACAGAAUUCGAUCGUCUGUCACUAUGGAAACGGAACGACCUGAAGAAGAAAGUGUCCCUUUUCUAACAUUUGGACAUUUGGACUCGGACAUUGAAACACUCUCCCUCCAGAGACGCUAGUAAUAACCACUCUAAUCUAAUACGGAUGCUAUGCAGACAUUUCAAGAUAAGCAAGGAAGAUGACGCAACAUUACCAGACGUUAUUUCAAUCACACAUACAGCAGUCUCUCAAUAUGUCUCUGGUGUACAUAAUAAAGACAGGGAUGACUAUUCACGCAUCCCAUACAGUCGCUCCAUAUCUGAAAACUCGGAUUAUUAGUGAUGGGAUAUCGAUUUCAUAAACCGCUCCAGCCCUUUCUUUACGCCUUAUGUCUAUUUCAAAAUCUUAAAGUGCCCAGAGAAGUUUAUAAUAAUAGGCCUAUAUAUUUACACAAA